AUGCCCGCCGAUAUGUCUAUGAUUCCAUAUAAUGGGGGAAACCUCGAUGUUGUUCUGCGGCACAAUGACUCAGUGGUUGUCUUUGACCAUGAUUCGCAACAGCUCGUUCUUCGCAAUACGUCAGACACGAACAAUGACAAUCUGGAGCUAGCCAACUGCCCAUUUUGUCAUCGCUCAAUGCACGAUAAUGGUAGAGAACAACAUGGGGAUAAUGAAUCCCAAGGGGAAUUCGUUAACCCAAACUACUUUCACAUGCUCAACAAUAGCCUCCCCAGCUCCGCAACAUCCUCGACUCCUCCUUCUCCACGCCAUCGCCUUGUUCAGCCCGCACUCCCACGUGGUCCUGUCAAUAACACGACCGCUGGACCUACCUCUUCACCCCAGCCAUCCCCACAGGGAAUUUCCUCUGCAGCAUUCAGUCCAGAUUACUUUAAGAGAUUCUUUGUGGAGGAACGAGUGUUAGGCAGAGGUGGAAAAGGUGUGGUGCUACUAGUGAAGCAUGUCCUGGAUAGUGUGUCACUUGGACAUUAUGCCUGCAAGCGUGUGCCUGUCGGUGACGAUCAUGAGUGGCUGGAAAAGGUUCUGGGUGAGGUGCAGCUGUUGCAGCAUCUCUCGCACCAGAAUCUUGUCUCGUACCGUCAUGUCUGGCUGGAAAAUGCCAAGAUAAGCAAUUUUGGUCCUAGUGUGCCUUGCGCAUUUAUUCUACAGCAAUACUGCAAUGCGGGUGAUUUGCAUGAUUACAUCUGUGGUUCUGUUCAGACCUCGACCACUGCACAACAAUUGAAGGACCGCCUACGCCGCAAAUCCAAAGGCGAACCGGAGCCUCGAACCAAACUGGGAGGAGCUCGCACACUUCAGCUAGAUGAGAUCUAUUCUUUCUUCCGUGAUAUCACCUCUGGACUCCGUUAUCUCCACGCCAAUGGAUAUAUCCAUCGAGACCUGAAGCCACACAACUGCCUACUCCAUGAGACCGGUGAUGGUAUUAGAGUUCUGGUCAGCGACUUCGGUGAAGUGCAGUCUCAAAAUGCAAUGCGCCAGUCGACUGGUGCAACCGGUACUCUUUCAUACUGUGCACCCGAAGUUCUUCGCCAAGAAUAUCCUGACGGUCCAUUUGGCAAUUUUACGUUCAAAUCAGAUAUCUUUUCCCUCGGGAUGAUCCUUUACUUCCUAUGUUUUGCAGCUCUUCCAUACGCGAAUGCUGAUCUCAUAAACGAAGAAAAGGAGGAUUUGGAUCAACUCCGUGCAGAGAUCACCAGCUGGGCUGGAUUUGACCACGCAAGAGCUAUCCGCUCCGAUCUUCCUGAAAAGCUCUAUCGGUUCUUAGAGCGCUUGCUCUCGGUUGAUCCUGCCAGACGACCCUCAGCAGACGACGUGUUAAAUGGCAUACAAGUCGGUGCCAAUUCAAAUGAAAACUUCCGCUUCAGGAAAUCCAGCACGGGAGGCUCCGACCUGCCUGGGUCUCGAAUUCGCCCGUUAGAUAGCCAACAGCAAUCAGUAGAGCGAACACUAUCCCCCACCAAAAAGCUGCGCCGCAAUCCAACAUCCUUCCGACGUGACUCGAUACCUGACUCCAAUCAUUUUCGAAGCAAUGCGGCUCCUGUGUCCGAUCCCAAACCAGAGGAGGGCCUUCCUUUAGGCCCGGACCGGGAAAUGAUUGUCCGGCAUCGCUACUCCGCUUCAUCAACGUCAUCUCCAGCCCAACCCACUCGGGAAUCAACAUCAUCCCUCGAUAACCAAUCUCAACAAAUUCCUCAACAUCAUCUGCUUCCACCCCCACCAAGCCGCUUCCCCAUCCUGAAUUCCUUGGAAUCUUGGAGCCCAUUCGCAUUCUCGCCUGUCUUGCAACUCACUCUAUUCCUCGUCAAGAUAACAUCCCUUCUUCAUCCAUGCUCGCCGCUGGCCGUCAACCCCUGGAUACUUUACCCUCUCCUCCUCUCUGCGGCACUUACUUUAACAACACACAGCAUUCGAACCCAGACCAUUGCCAUUUUUCUGCACAUACUGGUCGUCAUGGUUGGUUUCCGUCUAGGUGCACUUUGUACCUGGCACAGAAACUCGAGGAUGACCUUGUGA